UCUGCUAAAGCUGGUUCCAAUUAUGCCGGGAGGAAGUUCAUUCAGUUGCUCAGCGAUCUCUGAACGAGUUCAGUUUUGUUCUUCCUUCUUAGCUAGCUAACAACUAUUUAUGUAAACUUCAUACAACAUUACAUUUCUGUCGUUCUUCACAUUUUUCAAGUGCAAAAAGGAUAACAUGAAAGAGAAACUCUUGAUAAUUUUGUUGGUCCAAUUGCUUCGUGUCGAGGCAUCUGACGGGCUUCAUCGGAGUAAACGAGAUGCAAGCGAUGAGAACCAGCCAUUGGCUUUCGAAUGCGAGAACAAGAAUGAAAGCAUCCCUUACGAUUGGGUCUGCGACGGAUACCAAAACUGUGACGACAACUCUGACGAGAUCGGUUGCAACGAAGAGCGAUGCAGUUCAAUGUCCAAACUAAAAUGCAAGUACCGAGACGUAUGCAUCUACAAGUUCUGGUUCUGCGACGGCCACAACGACUGUGGCGAUAACUCCGACGAGACGGAUUGCAGUGAAAAACGUUGCAACGAAGCCGAGAAAUUCGGAUGCAAGAACAAGAACAAGUGCAUAAGUCAAAACAGGGUCUGCGACGGGGCCGACGACUGUGGCGAUAACUACGACGAGGAGUGCAGUGAAAAGCAUUGCAACCAAGUCGGAAAAAUCAAGUGUGAAGGCUCGAAUAAGUGCAUUUACAAAGAGUGGAUCUGCAACGGGAUAAUCGACUGCCCCGACAAAUGGGAUGAGACGAAUUGCACUAAAGAACGUUGCAAUGAACUCGACAGAUUUAAAUGCAAAAACAAGAACUAUUGUUUACCCAAUUACCUGUUCUGUAACGGGCGUAAUGACUGUGGCGAUAAAUCCGACGAGAUGUAUUGCAGCGAAAAACGUUGCAACGAAUCCGGGAAAUUCGGAUGCAAAAACACCAAAAAGUGUAUCCCCAAACGCUGGGUCUGCGACGGGAGCCCCGAAUGUCCCGACCUUUCGGAUGAGGCCGAUUGCAGCGAAGAACGUUGCAAGGAACUCGGGAAAUUCAAAUGCAGAAACGGCACCAGGUGCAUAGAUGAAGAUCGUGUCUGCAAUGGGAGCACCGACUGCAACGACGGAUCGGAUGAGGCGGAUUGCACUGAAAAACGUUGCAACCAACUGGGAAAAUUUAAAUGCAAAAACAAGAAUUACUGCUCAUCUCGGAAAUUUGUCUGCGACGGAUACGACGAUUGCGGCGACAGCUCCGAUGAGGUCGAUUGCAGUGCCGAACGUUGCGAGAAGGUCUCGAAAUUCAAGUGCAACAGCACUAACAAAUGCGUCACUAGUUUUUUCAUCUGCAACGGGCGCGACGAUUGUGAUGACAACUCUGAUGAGGUCGGUUGCGAAGGGCAACUGCCGGAAAUUACUACUUCUCCGUUUGUAAGAACGACGAGUAUGAGGGAAUAUGGAAGUAGUAUCGUGCCAGAAGACAGUGCUACAAAGUAUCCUGAUGCGAAGCCUUCGACUUCCGAAGUUUUGUUGAACGCGCUCAAUUUUACUGUGGCCCCAAAGGAUUAUUACGAAAAUACUAUCGUGCCAGAUGACAGUGCUAAAAUGUAUCCCGAUGAGGAGCAUUCGACCUUCAACGUUUCCUCGAACCUGAGCGAUCAAAGCUUAUGUUUACUUCUAUUGUUUGGAGUUGUAUUAUCCGCUAUAUUUAUAGCUUAUGGUCAGAUGCCGUAAUCAGCUUGUCUUUCCUAUAACCAAAUAAAGUAGAAAACGAGUCUAA